UGGCGCGCCGUGCAACCGAGGUGCAUCAGGCGUCCCAGACAGAAAUAAACAACGCUCGCCGCCCGGCGGUCUCGACGAGCACGACGAUCUUCGCUUUAUAGUGGAUCCUUGACUUGCGUGGCGUUCCCGUUCCGCGCCGGCCCGGUUCUUGAAAGUUGAAUCCCGACACGGCAGGCUUGCGGACCACCGUCUGCGCACAACAUGUUCCGAUUCCCGCCAACCAUCCGGGCGUCCGCCCUGUACGGGCUGCUAGCUGCUUCGUGUGGCGCCAGUGCGCAAACCGUCACCCCAGCUCCAACACAGACUGGCGCGGCAGCGUCAAGCCCGUCGAGUGUCACUGCCGUGUCCAAAUGCCACACGCACGGCUCAGCACUGUAUUGUAUGGCUGGCACAGCCGAGUACCAUGUCGACACCAUAAUUACAGCGACACAAGACAUUCCCCCCGCCAUCACAGGGUGUCACUCCCACGGGGCAGAUACAUACUGUAUCCUGCCCAAUGGAGACGAAGUAGAAAUCCACGCAGAGGGUACCGAGCCGUCAGAUGGGUCCACACACGACGGGGAGGACACACCCAGUACCGGCGAGCAGCAUUGCCACUUCCACGCCGGUGUUGAACAUUGUGUCGGCGCCGGUGCGAGCGAAGACGACGAGCCACGCUGUGAGCGAGUCCAGCGAGACUACAACAUACCUCUUCGGAUUGGCCUGCUGUUCGUCAUCCUUGUGACGAGCGCUAUCGGCGUUUUCGGACCUAUUCUCGUUGCUUCAUGGGUCUCCCCAAAGCACAUUGCCUUCAGCAUCCUCCGGCAAUUCGGCACAGGUGUCGUCAUCUCUACCGCCUUUGUACAUCUCCUGACGCAUGCACAACUGAUGUUCGAAAAUCGGUGCCUGGGCGAGCUCGCCUAUGAGGCUACAGCCACAUCGAUUUUGAUGGCGGGACUUUUCUUGUCCUUCCUCGUGGAGUACGCAGGGAACCGGCUCAUUCAGUGGCAUGAGGCCAAGGCCCGCUCCGUCAAUGUUGAGGCAGCUGCGCAAGUGGCCGCUCCUAAGGCGGACAUGGUCAACAUCACCGUCCUCGAAGCCGGCAUUAUCUUUCACUCCCUCCUAAUCGGCCUUACCCUCGUCGUAGCAGGCGACGCCUUCUUCCUGACCCUGUUUGCGGUCAUAGUCUUCCACCAGAUGUUCGAGGGCAUCGCGCUCGGCACGCGCAUCGCCGCGCUCGGCCGGCCCAGCCUUCUUACUUCCGCGUCAGCCCAUGGCGGCCACCAUCACCACGGCCAUGCCCACGCCUACCACCCGCCGCAGGACCCCAAUCCACCGCCGGUCAGCGAAUCGCAGGCCAAGGUUCCGUCCACAGACGACGCGCCGAGCUAUUCCUCCAACGACGCUGUCGCCCCCAUUCCGGGACUGAUGCGCAAGAAGAUGCUCCUGGCGGGCGCCUUCGCGCUGGUCACGCCGGUGGGAAUGGCCAUCGGUAUCGGCGUGCUGCACCAGUUCAACGGCAACGAUCCGUCGACUGUCAUCGCGAUCGGCACGCUGGACGCCUUCUCGGCCGGCAUCCUGGUGUGGGUGGGCGUGGUGGAGAUGUGGGCGCACGAUUGGAUGCUGGGCGGAGAGAUGACGCGGGCGAGCCCGGUUCGGACGGUGCUGGGUCUGGUGGCGCUGGUGGCGGGCAUGGCGCUGAUGAGUCUGUUGGGGAAGUGGGCUUGAUCUUGUCUCCUCUGAAGGGUUUUGGUCAGUCAUAUCUGGGUCUGUCUGGUAUACCCGGUUUGGUUUCGGAUUGGAAAAGGAAGGGCUGGAUUUAGAUGGGCUUCCAGUGUUUUAUUUAGUUGGGAUUUUGGAUUCUCUGGCAUUGGGCUUAGUACCUACGGUAGUCAAUGGACAAAGCUGUACAUGAUA